UCUAUCUACGUGACUACCGAAAGAACCAAGGAAUAUAAAUUCCGGCAGUCACGAAAGUUUAAAGUCAAAAUUAAACAAACGCGUUGCCAGUCUGACGCCGCUUGGUUCGUGCGGCGCCCCGUAGCUCCGCGAGCGUCACGCUGGGUGCGUGGUCGCUGUUGCCGUCAGCAGCAGCGGCGGCAACGAUCGUGGUCCUGGGCCUCCCCUAGGUCGACUCGGCCUCAAAUCGAGCACCCGGCGCGGUGUUGCAUCGACACGAGGGAGGCAAAGGCGGCCCAGCGUGGUUGUUGGCGACCCACACCGUUCGCGCGCCGUUCCGGCCUUCGCUAGGUAACGGAGGAGCGCCUUGCGGGGGUCGCCGCUAUGCCGGAGCCGUGCGAGGGUGAGCUGGAGGACAUUGAGGACAUCCUGGGGGAGGGCGACGAGGUGGGGGGGCGCCCUCCACGGCCCCACCUCGUCCCCCGCGCCCGCCGCCGGGGGGCUCACGCGACCCAGCGGGAGGAAGUGCUCGCUGACAGCAUGAUCCCCGGCACGCACUCCGUGUACGUGCGCACGUGGGGCUGCUCACACAACAGCUCCGACGCGGAGUACAUGGCGGGGCAGCUCGCCGCCUACGGCUACCGCAUCACAGACGACCCAAGUGAGGCCGACCUCUGGCUGCUCAACAGCUGCACAGUGAAGGGCCCAGCCGAGGACCACUUCCGCAACGCCGUGCAGAAGGCCUUGGCUGAUGGCCACAAGGUGGUGGUGUCAGGCUGCGUCCCACAGGCCCAGCCUCGCCUAGGCUACAUCAAAGGCCUCAGCGUUGUUGGGGUGCAGCAGAUCGACCGCGUCGUGGAGGUGGUUGAGGAGACCCUGAAAGGUCACACGGUGCGUCUGUUCGGGCAGAAGAAGGAGAAUGGGAAGCGUUUAGGGGGCGCCCCCCUGGACCUCCCCAAGAUCCGCAAGAACCCGCUCAUAGAGAUCAUCUCCAUCAACACGGGGUGCCUCAACGCGUGCACCUACUGCAAGACGAAGCAUGCCCGCGGAGAGCUCGCCAGCUACCCUGUGGAGCAGCUGGUGGAGAGGGCACAGCAGUCGUUCCAAGAGGGCGUGCGCGAGCUGUGGCUCACGAGCGAGGACACGGGGGCCUACGGGCGCGACCUGGGCACCGACCUCCCGACGCUGCUGUGGCGCCUCGUGGACACGGUGCCGGAUGGGGCCAUGAUGCGGCUGGGCAUGACCAACCCACCCUACAUCCUGGAGCACCUGGAGGAGAUGGCGCGCGUGCUGAGCCACCCGCGCGUCUACGCCUUCCUGCACGUGCCGGUGCAGUCGGGCUCCGACGCCGUGCUGUCCGCCAUGCGGCGCGAGUACAGCGCCGAAGACUUCCGCCACGUCGUGCGCUUCCUGCGGGAGAGGGUCCCCGGCAUCACCGUCGCCACGGACAUCAUCUGCGGCUUCCCCGGCGAGACGGAGGAGGACUUUGCGGAGACCGUGCGGCUGGUGGAGGAGUUCCGCUUCCCCAGUCUCUUCAUCAACCAGUUCUACCCACGGCCUGGCACGCCUGCGGCGCGCAUGCCACCCGUGCCCGCCUACGAGAAAAAGCAGAGAACAAAGGAGUUGUCCCAGCUGUUCCGUUCCUACAAUACGUAUGGGCACAAGGUCGGGGAGCGGCAGCUGGUGCUGGUGACGGAGGAGUCAUUUGACGGGCAGUUCUACGUGGCACACAACAAGUGUUACGAUCAGGUGCUCGUUCCCCGUGACCCCGCGCUCAUGGGCCGCAUGGUGGAGGUGGACAUUGUGGAGGCCGGGAAGCACUUCCUGAAGGGGCGCCCCGUUGAGCCGACCACCACGCCGCCGCCGGGCGACGCAGCGUCGCCCCUCGCUCUCCCACUCCCCCGCGGCGCCGUGUCGGGCCUCCUGCUCCAGGUGAGAGAGAGGGAGCCGUCGUCAUGCCAGGCCGGCGGCCGCUGCGGGGGCGGUGAACGUGCCGGGGGGGGGUGCCCGGGGCCCCCCACCGCGGGCGACCCCCCGCCGGGGGCCUCCCUGCGGGCCCGCGUGGCCCCCGCCGUGCGCGCGGUGGGUCUGGCGCUGGCCCUGGCCGUGGGGGCGGCGGCGGCGCUGGUGGAGAUCCGUCGCGCGGCCUCCUGGGCGCUCGCGCCCUCCCCGCACGGAGACUCGGCCGGGUGACUCCCUGGGGCGUCUCCGCGGGGUGACUUCUCGGCCGGGUGACUCCGUAGGGUGACUCAGCAAGGCCUUCACCUCCACGAGGGUGACUCAGCCGUGUGACUCAACCUCCACGGGGGUGACUCAGCUGGUCGCUCAUGUGAAUGAGACUGUCGUGGUCUCUUGAGUUCUCGCUUGGGUAAACUCGCUAUACUUGAAACUGGAACUCACCUGCCUACUCACCGACUCCUUCACUCAGCCGCUACCCAACCAGACAGCCACUCACUGAUCCAGGUCACCCUUCCAAUCGAGACUCUUGUCCCUGCCUCCCGAGUCCUCGCCCGGUUGAACAAAGUAAGCUCCACCAAACUUCGCCCUCCGCCGCAUUCGUUACCGCGGCAGCCAGAAGAGCGCUGGAACCCAGCGUUGGUUUAGAUCGAUCGCACGCCCUCCGAUUUGCAGUCUGCAGUCAAAAAACAAAAACCCCACAACACCGUCCAUGCAUGAAACAACAACAACCACAUCGGCGCCCCCCCCUGCUCGUGUGCCUUAGGGCGGCAGUGGUGUGUGCGAUAGCUGUGUGCCUACCGCUGUGUGUGUGGUGUGUGCUGUGUGUAUGGCAGCGUGCUGUGUGUGUGCGGCUGUUCUGCUGCUGUGUGGAGCUGGCAAAAUAAAAUGCCAUUAUUUUCCGCUUUAAAAAAAACUAAA